AGAUAAAGUAGUGCUGUUAGCGGAGACGGGGCAACUGUAGGAGUAACCGGAGAUCGCGGAGCUGGCACCGAACGGUGAUAUCCGGUACUACUGUAGGAGGUGGGGAGAAUCCGGAGGGAUACGGAGGUAGGGAGUUAGGGCGAUCUCCGGAGGGGAACGAGGCGACUGGUGAUACGGAGUCUAGUGGUGUUAACGGAGAGAAGUUAUGGGUGUGUGUGUGUGUGUGUGUGUAUGUGUCGCGAAUCUGCCAUUUGGCCAAUUUGAAACUUUUAAAUGGAUCCUAGAAAAUCGUCCCAAGCGUGGCUCCAUUUUGAGCGAAUAGAUGAUAAGCCGGACUCGGCAAAGUGUAAAAUUUGCGGAAAUGUUUCCAAAAGGGGUGGCGGUACAAAGAACUUGUUAGAUCAUCUGCAAAGAUUUCAUUGCGUGGUGCUGGAAAAUGGAGCCAUCGCAACACGUGCUGAUGGGGGCCCAGGUUUUUAUGAGGAGAACAGCCCAAAACGGAAGGCCCUCGACCGUCAUUUCCUAAGUAUGUUUGCCAUGGACUAUCAGCCGUUUCGUGUUGUGGAAGAUGAUGGAUUCGUUCAAUUUGUGAAGGCCCUUGACCCACGGUACAAAUUACCAUGUAGACAAACGAUAUCUAAUAAAUUGCUUCCUGGGCUUUACGAAGAGGUAAAAGAAGCCAUAAAAAGGAAUCUAGCGGAAGCAAAGCACGUGGCGCUAACUAUAGAUGCCUGGACUUCCAUAAGUCAAGACCCCUACUUGGCGGUAACCGCUCAUUACGUCAGAGAGGAUAAGUUGAAAGCCGCUUGCCUGGAUUGUGUUGUUCUGCCAGGCAGACACAGUGCAGAAAAUAUCAAGAACAAAGUUCUUGAAGUAAUGAAUGAGUGGCGACUUGUCAACAAGGUGACAGCAGUUGUGACUGACAACGGCGCCAAUGUUGUUGCUGCCCUUAAAUUAUUAAAAUUGCGACACCUACCUUGCGCAGCGCACACGCUCAAUUUAGUGGUCCAUGACGGCUUUACCCAAUCUUACGAUGUGGAAAAUCUUUUUGAGCGCUGUGCUGCCAUUGUCACUUUUUUCAAACACAGUAACCUGGCAACAUAUAAGUUGAAGUCCAAGCGCUCUGCCGCCAAUAAAAGUUGCUUAGGGGUAGUGCAGCAGGUAGACACGCGCUGGAACAGUAAGCUUGCGAUGAUACGUCGUCUCAUUGAACUCCGCGAGGAGCUAAUUUUAUGCAUGUCUGAAUUGCCAAACGCGCCGCAAGGUUUAAACGGUAAGUUGUAUAUAAUUUUUUCCUUUAAAUAAAAGAUGGAAUACUUGUUCAUCUUGCUUGGUCCAACUACGAUUACCUCUUUAUUGUUAUUAUAGGAGAUGACUGGCAGAUUUUGGUCCAGCUGGAUUCAAUAUUACGUCCAUUUGAAGAGAUGACGAGGACGUUGUCUGGUGAGAAUUAUGUCACGGCUUCUCUCAUUAUUCCUCUUACCAAGGGGUUGAUCCGAAUGCUGGACGAUAUCGACCGGUCUGCUCUCAAAUAUGAGGUUCAGGAGUUUCUUGACAAUAUUAAGCAAUCGGCGAUUGAUAGAUUGCUGCAAUAUGAGCAACGCAGCGUUGCAAAAGGUGCAACUCUCAUGAACCCCCACUUUAAAAAGAAAGGGUUUGUAUCUGAAAAUCGGGCAGAGGAUGCACGAAUUCAAAUAGAGGCCGAAGUCAAGACAGAGGUUCAGAGGAUGCCACCACCGACACAACAAGGAGGAAACCUUACCCCGGCUCCAUAUGCCGGCGUUCUGUCUUACCUAAAUGAUCAAGGCGAGAGACAUUCAACGGCCAGCACUUGCACUGUGGACGCAACUAUUCUCGUUAGACAAUAUGUGGAAGUGCAGCCAAUCAACAAUCAAAGAGACCCGAUAAAGUAUUGGUCUAACGUUGACGUUCAGUGUAAACCCCUUGCUCAGGUGGCAUCAUAUUAUAUGUGUGUGCCAGCCACUUCAGUUCCAUCAGAACGUCUCUUUUCAAAGGCCGGUUACGUUAUUAACGAGCGACGAAAUUCGCUAUCGCCGGCAAAGGCAAAAAUGCUAGUGUUUUUACAUGGUAACAGAGCAUUUGUUUAAAAUGAAUAUUUUCUCCCUGUUACAGUAACACCUCCAUAUCUGUUUGUACGGUGGUAUAGUGAUGUUUACUUUGUAUUUUGGGG